GAGCUUCGCCGACCGAUGCGCGUGCCCGACACCGCAGAUGCGCCCCAGCUGUCACUCCGCUGCGCGCUCUCCUCCCUCUGCUCGCUCGCUCGCUGUUGAGCACGCGCGCUCUGCUCCCUCUGCCUCUCCCCCUCUUCGGUCUGUCUUCCUCCCGCCCUCCCUCUUUCGCUUCAGUUUGUCGCUGACCCCGCAACCCCCUCCCCGGCAGCGGCAGCUCAGCCUGCGGUCCGCCUCCUUCACAGGCGCUGCCCAGGCUCCAGCUGCCCUGAACCAGACCCGACAUCCCCGCGUCCUGCCUGCCGAGCUGCCCGUGUCCAGCUACCUGGUCUGAGCAUCAGGUCCCAGUGCAAAAAGCCCUCUGCCAUUUCACCCUCUCUAGGCCUCAGUUUCUCCUGGGCCAGUGGCCGAAGAGCAGGACCACUCCCCCGACACAACCUCGAGCUGAAAUAGUUACAGAUCUGCUAGUGGGCAGAAGACAGCUCACUGUGAUUCACCUCAAGGUGACAGUGGGAUCAGAAGCAGGGGCCCGCACAGCAACUCCAAUCCCAUCAGCAAGCACUACGAAGGGAAGGGCCCAGCCUCUGCCUCCCCACGGCUAUGGACUGACAACUGGUGCGUGCUGAGGGGCUCUCUCUCUCCAGAGCUGCAGAGAGUGUGGGUUCCACCAUGCUGGCACCAGGCAGUGGCCCCGAGCAGAGGAAUAAGCUUGCCCUGCAGUGGAGGCAGGUCUCCUGGAUCACCUGCUGGAUUGCCCUGUGUGCUGUGGAGGUGCUCCCUGCCUGCCCUUUCUCCUGCACCUGUGACAGCCGCACCUUGGAGGUAGACUGCAGUGGCCUGGGCCUCACUGCUGUGCCCCCAGAUGUGCCCGUCGCCACCCAAAGCCUUCUGCUCCUGAACAAUAAACUGAGUGCCCUGCCAAGCUGGACUUUCGCUAACCUGUCCAACCUGCAGCGGCUGGACCUGUCCAACAACUUCCUGGACCAGCUACCUCGGUCCAUUUUCCAGGACCUGGUCAACCUGACAGAGCUGCAGCUGAGGAACAACAGCAUCAGGACCCUGGACAGGGAACUGCUCCAGCACGCCCCGCUGCUGCGCCACCUGGAUUUGUCUAUCAACGGCUUGGCCCAGCUGCCCCAGGGCCUUUUUGACGGGCUCCUGGCUCUGCGGUCCUUGUCCCUUCGCUCCAACCGACUGCAGAGCCUGGACCGGCUGACCUUUGAGCCCCUGGCGAGCCUGCAGCUGCUUCAGGUUGGGGACAACCCGUGGGAGUGUGACUGUAACCUUCGAGAGUUCAAACACUGGCUGGAGUGGUUCUCCUACAGAGGGGGUCGCCUGGACCAACUUGCCUGCACCCUACCCAAGGAGCUACGGGGGAAGGACAUGCGUGCGGUCCCCAUGGAGAUGUUUAAUUACUGUUCCCAGCUAGAGGAUGAGAACAACUCUGCUGGGAUGGAUGCUCCAGGGCCACCCUGCACUAAGGCCAGCCCAGAGCCUGCAAAACCUAAGCCCGGGGUGGAGCCCGAGCCCGAGCCCAGCACUGCCUGUCCUCAGAAGCAGAGGUACCGGCCAGUGAGUGUGCGGCGAGCCAUCGGCACAGUGAUCAUCGCGGGUGUCGUGUGUGGUAUUGUCUGCAUCAUGAUGGUGGUGGCUGCUGCUUACGGCUGCAUCUAUGCCUCCCUCAUGGCUAAAUACCACCGGGAGCUCAAGAAGCGCCAGCCGCUGAUGGGGGACCCCGAGGGUGAGCAUGAAGAUCAGAAACAGAUCUCUUCUGUGGCAUGAGAGCUGUCUGUCUGGCCCAGGUAGGACAGCAAGGAGACUCCAUGGGACUGCUACCAAAGGGCUGCCCUUCCCUCCAUCACAGGCCCUGCCUCAGCCUGCCUC